UGCUCUUUCUAUCGUCACUCUUUUUCUCGUCUAGUGAAAGCAGAAGCAGUGUAGUCUAGAAGGUCGCCAACAUAUGCAGGCUAAGCUGAAUAAAAGGCAGAGGCCGUCUUCAGUGGUUGUUGUCUCGUUUAAGUUUUUUUUAAAAAAAGGUCUGUUGCGGUAAGUUUGUUUAACUGUAGUCCGGUGUAGUGACGCGCGAAGUCGUGUAGUUAAGCUGUUCCGCUUGCGUAAAUAAAGCAAAAGACUGCCCCUUCAUACCUAAGUGCGCUGUUUACUAAAGUUUUAGCUGGUUUAACGGAGGCAGUUAUGGUUGUCUAAGUCUCUCUUUCAGUGCUGUUUCUUGUUAAGUUGUUACUUUCCAAAACAUACGUAAGUAACCGCACCGCUUCGCUAUUACAUUCUUUGCUUGAGAUCCAUCGUGUAGACCAUCUACGACGCCCUUAUGGCAGUCUGCACUGAACUUUGUGCGGGAUUAAUUUUAUUGUAUUGUGUUGUGUUGUAUUGUACUUGUUCUUUGUACUUGAUGUUGAGGUUGAAGAUAUUGUCAUCGACAAACAUGAAUUCGACAGACGCGUUUGCACGUGACACCGAUCCGUGAUUGUAGAUGGAGACCACUGGCAGGUAAUGCUGUACAUUCUAGCAGAUCGAUGGAUAAAAUUAUCAGACACCUCUUGCUCUAUCUCUAAAACUAAAUGUAAAUUAGGAUGAGCAUCAAUAUGGGACUUUGUCGUGCGUUCCUGGUGGCUCGGAGGAAAAUGCCACGUGCUUUGUGCAGGUUCCUCGUCUUCAGCACAGGACUCGCGUUCGCAGCUUCGGUAUUCCCCCCGAGUGGCUUCACUAAUAGGCACCCGGUGUCGAACCUACGUGAGGCUGCUGCUGCUGAUCCCGCUAAUAGUGGUCAUGGUCUUGUUGAUGAAGAUCCCGUUUGUCCACCCGCGCCGUACGUGAAUUUUGAAGAGAUGGCGAGACUAUCCAUUACCCCUUUCAGGGAUGAUCUUCAUCACGCGCACGAUGCUUGCAGCACGACUGCAGAGGCUCACGCUCGUCCGAUAGCCCCGGAAUAUGCUGCUGUAGCACUACCAUCGAAGCCAUGCCCUUAUUCGUGUGUUUUGCAUAGUUUUUGAAGUUUUGUAUAAUUCUUGGAUAUAUACUCGAGCACGAGCUCGACAACAAUAUGCGCAAAUAUAUAAUGAGGAAUUACCGGUAGCUUACUUCUUCGUGUGUGUUUCUUCGUCCUCUUGGUCUGUUCGAGAGGAAAUAUGCAGGCUUUUGUUGCCCUAUAGAAAUCAGCAAUGAAUCACGCGACUGCGAAAUUUUAUAUAUAACCCUUUUUGAUAUUGAUAUUGAUUUCGUUUUUGUAUGCGCUAGUAGGCUGAUACUCGUCGAAUUCAAUCUAUCGUAUAACUAAGCAGUUGUGUUGUCAGUAUCAUUACUUAGUUUUCGACACAUGUAGCUACAGAAGAGGUACCAGGACAUGACAUGACGCAUAGCCUUUCUCGUGAUGUCAAACAAAUAACCUGGGCUCCUGGUAGUACUCAUUGAAGUUUUGUUCGUGUGCGACCUGAUAUAUUUAUUUUUUGCUUGCCGAUACGUAACAUCUAUUUUCUUCAUCGUCUUCUUCAGAAUGACCACAAAGUAUUCACAAGCAUACUGGAUGCAAAUGCCCACAGCAAACGAUGAAUCAUGUUGAACGAGUAACGAGCUGCUCCUGCUCGAUCUCCAGCACUUGAUUCAUAAAUUCAUCGACUUCUAUUCUGAUGCUCAGUUGCAGUUGCACACCACAUGAGGAUUCGAGGACAACUCCAU